AUGAGUGUGUCUACAAGUUUACAGGUGCGCCUGCCGGCGCUCGUGCUAGUGUUCGAGGUUGUUAUGAUAGUUCUUUAUGCUGUUUUCGUCACUUAUGACGACAAUGCCAAUGCUAAGAUGCAGAACAAUGAGACCAACCCGAUGGAGAACACCUUGUAUCGAGACUAUCCCUUCUUUGUUGAUGUGCAGGUGUUGAUCUUCAUAGGCUUCGGCUGCCUGCUGGCCUUCUUCCGAUUCUACGGCUUCAGUGGAUUGGUCUUCAACUUUCUCACGGCUACAUUUGCGAUCCAGUGGGCGAUCCUGAUGCAAGGUUUCUUCCAGUUUUACUACGAUGGUAAAAUUCACCUGGGAGUGAUCAACCUGCUGAAUGCAGAGUUUGCCUGUGCUGUGGUGCUCAUCUCUUUCGGAGCUGUGAUCGGAAAGACCAGUCCUGUUCAGCUGCUGGUCAUGGCUUUGCUGGAGAUCCCCAUCUUUGCUGUGACAGAGUGGGCGGUGUUGAAAUACAUUAGGAUCAAUGAUGCAGGUGGAUCUAUUCUUAUUCACCUGUUUGCCUGCUACUUUGGUCUAGGUGUGACAUUCGUGCUGUAUCGCCCGGGCCUGAAUAAGGGACAUUCUAAAGAGAUCACUAGUUAUCAAUCGGACAUCCUCUCUGUCAUUGGAACCUUGUUCCUCUGGGUGUUCUGGCCUUCAUUUAACUCUGCUCUGACCUUGAAGGGGGACGAUCAACACAGAGCAGUACUCCACACUUUUAUAGGUCUAAGCUCAUCAACUAUCACCGCUUUCGCACUCUCUGCAGUGUUCAACAAGAGAGGCAAGCUCACAAUGGCUGAUAUUCAGAAUGUGACUCUGGCAGGUGGUGUGACUGUUGGGGCUUCUGUGGACAUGAUGAUUUCCCCUGUAGCGGCAUUCUCCCUGGGCAUUAUGGGCUGCACCGCCUGCUUCUUUGGAUACAGGUACCUGACCCCCUUCUUGGCCCAACGCAUGAGGAUCCAAGACCAGUGUGGUAUUCACAACCUCCACGGGCUCACUGGCCUCAUUUCAUGCACAGCAGGGAUCUGUGCCAUCCUCCUCGCCACUGAGGAAACCUACGGGCCCAGCAUGUACCAGAUCUUUUCCCAUCGCGCUCCACCGGAGGGAGAUCCAAAGCUCCUGGAGCUGCAGAAACUGAUUCCUGGGCUGAAGCCGGGCUUGGGUCGUACUGCGCAGGAACAAGCCCUCUUCCAGGUGGCGGCUAUCUUCGCCACCAUUGCAGCAUCUGCAGUCGGUGGGAUGCUCACUGGUUUGGUAUUGAAGCUGCCCUUCAUGGCGUCCCCGUCGGACAAGGACUGCUUUGAUGAUAAGCUUUUCUUUGACGUGCCGUCUGACUUUGACAGCGAAGACAAGACCCUCAUAAGCUAUGAUGACAAGAUGAGCUCUAUGGACACCAAAGUCGACACAUAG